AAUAAAAAUAUCCAUAAUCAAAGAGUGAAAAAGAGAAGCAUCUUCUUCCCUUCACUCCUCUUUAUAAACUCAUGCACACAUGUCAUAAAACACACAGUACACACACCAACAAAUUAAACCCCUCACACACAUGUCCUAAAAACACACACACUAUACACCACCACCACCGCCGCAAAUGGUCUCACAAGAAGCCCUCGAAUCAACAUGCGGCGGCGCCGCCACCGCCGAGCCCACAAUCUCCGGCCCCCGCAUUUCCUUCUCCACCGAGUUCCUCGACGAGAACGACUUCAUCUCCAUAUGCCCCAACCGCCACCCACCGGAGAAGAAGCCGGAAAACCGCACCACCGCCGCCAGAAACGGCCCAGAGUUCGAGUUCCUCUCCGGCAACUCCGCAUCCAACAUGACCACCGCCGACGAGCUCUUCAGCGAGGGCAAAAUGCUUCCCUUCUGGCAAACCCACCACCAGUACUCCGAAACAACACUCAACAAGUUAAAAACAGACACCACCACCAACAUCGCCGCCGGCCAAGCGGCCGCCACCGCCGGCGCCGCCGCCGAACAGGACAGAAGAAUAAGCUGGUUUCUGGACGACGACCCAUCGCCGAGGCCACCAAAAUGCACAGUGCUAUGGAAGGAGCUUUUGAGGCUGAGAAAACAACGUCCGUCAACUCUAUCUCCUUCUUCUUCGUCUUCUUCGUCUUCUUCCGGAAGAUCCGCCAUAGCUGAUAAUAUUCCGACAGCAGCAGAUGAACAGAGGAAAAUAAAAGGGGUGGCGGCAAAUAUAAAUAAUAAUAAUAAAGUUGCGAGUAGCAGCAGCAGAUCAACGGUGAAGAAAGGGCUGGAGAGAACAAGAUCGGGGAGUAAUAGUAUAAGAAUAAGGCCGGUGGUAAAUGUACCCAUUUGCACACAGGUUAAAAGCUCCUCUUUGCCUCCACUUUUCCCCAUUAGAUCAAGAACUAAAUUACUGAGUUGACUCAGUGAUUCAUAUUGUAGAAAAUGCUGUUGUUUAUUUGGUUUUUUUUUUGAUUAAUUUGUUUGUAUUAAUGAUUUCAUGUUUUUCUUUUAAAUGGUGUUUAUUGA